GGGUUCUAAAAUAAUAUCUCUUUGUGUCUCUGCUUUGGGGACACUGUAAGCCCUUUGUCGAGCGGUCUUUGUCUGAAACACACUGGGAGCUUUCUCUGCCCCAGUUGGGUGUCACUGCUCCCUGUGACUCAGUGUAAGCUGACCAAAUGUGCUGACAUGGCACUUAUUCGUCCCAAGUAAAGCCCCGGCCACAGAAGAUGCCAACAAACACUGGAGCCUAGAUAAAAAUAAGCGAUUUCUCUUUUAGGAUCAGAGCAGAAGCUGUGCUGCAGGAUGUCAGAGUUAAAUGGCCGAGUGAGCGCCUGGACCAGUAGCCAAGUGGCCCAGUGGCUACAAGACGAAGGUUUCGGGGAGUACGUGGACUUGUUGUGUUCGCAGCACCGGAUCGAUGGCGUCAGUCUGCUGGCUCUGACUGAAGCCGACCUGCGGGGUCCUCCCCUUAGCCUCACCGUGCUGGGACACAUCAAACGACUGAGUCUAGCCCUCCGCUGCCUCCAGAGGGAGAAUAAAGCUGAGCUGGAGGAGCUAGGUCUGUGGCCUCCAGAUGCUAACUCUGCUGGACUCUCGCUGGGCACUCCAAGGGCUGAGUGGAGCUGUGAUGGAGCUGAAAGAAGGGGGUGUAAUGGAGGAGAUCAUCUGUGCAAAGGGAUGGAGCUGCGGCUGAGGAACGGUAGCAGUCUUGGGUGUGCGCCUGGGGCAGCGCUUUGUCAAACACACUCCAAUGGGAGGUUUCAACAGCCAAUGGUGGGCAGAUUGGAUCCUGAGGUCUGGAAGACGGUCAUUAGUUCUGUAUAUGUAUUCUUAGUGUGUGGACUGACCUCUUUUGUCAUGGUUAUUGUACAUGAGCGUGUCCCUGACAUGAGGACUUACCCACCUCUUCCUGAUAUAUUCCUGGACAGUGUACCCAGAAUCCCUUGGGCAUUUGUAAUGGCUGAAGCUUGUGGCCUUAUCUUGUGUUACAUGUUUUUGUUGAUCCUGCUCCUUCACAAGCACAGGUCAAUUCUCCUAAGACGGCUGUGUUCUCUGAUGGGAACAGUGUUUUUGCUUCGCUGUUGCACCAUGUUUGCCACCUCGCUCUCUGUGCCUGGGCAGCACCUGACAUGUGCCAGCCUGUCUUAUGGUGAUACGUGGGGAAAGAUCCAGAGAGCCCUGGCCAUAUGGAGUGGGUUUGGGAUGACUCUUACAGGUGUCCAAACCUGUGGAGACUACAUGUUCAGCGGCCACACUGUGGUCAUCACAAUGCUCAACUUCUUUGUGACUGAAUACACACCGAGAAAUUGGAAUUUGAUCCAUACCAUUUCCUGGGUGUUGAACCUGUUUGGGAUUUUCUUCAUCCUGGCAGCCCAUGAGCACUACUCCAUCGAUGUCUUCAUAGCCUUCUACAUCACCACACGGCUCUUCCUCUACUACCACACAUUAGCCAACACCCGUGCCUUCCAGCACAGUCGCAGGGCUCGCAUUUGGUUCCCCAUGUUUUCCUUUUUUGAGUGCAAUGUGAAUGGACCUGUUCCUAACCAGUAUAACUGGCCCUUCAGUAAACCAGCCUUUAUGAAAACUCUAAUUGGAUAAAGAGUCUUGAACGAUAAUUGAGCUGUUUUGUAGCAGUGCCAAAUAAUUAUUUUUUUAUAUUAAUAACAUUAUUUUCAAAUUAAUUAUUGUUUUUCUCAGGUUCAAGUGUACAGCUAUGAAGUUUAAGUUGAGUACUUUAGAAAUCUUUAAAAAGAUGAGACUGUUUACACCACUUCUGUCAGUCUGCUAAAUAGAGCUGGCAGCUAGUUAGCUUAGCAUACAGGAAACUAAAACACAGACAAGGAGUUGGAUAAAAAGCAGAAAUAAGGCACAGUUUUUGUGCAAAGCACAUUUAAUCAAUCUGACCUGAAAUAUUCAGAUUCAGACUGGUGCUAGCUUGCACCAAUGAACCGUUGACUCAUAAUUAGCAUAUUUCUAUUAUGACUGAGUUGGAUGAGUUUUGUUAUUUACAGCAUGUUUAACUAUUCUUUCAUAUUUAAAUUGCACUUCUCUUGAUGAAUUAAUAAUGCUGACUUGAAUAUCAUAAAAGCGGAGAAUAGUGGCAUUUUCUGGAAGAUUGCUACACUAUGUAGCAUUUUUAUUAACUUCCACUUUUUGGUAGUUUACAGUUCAAAGGUAAUUUGUAAAAUUCUGUACACAAAGUAAUGCAUGUAACAGGUUCUUUUUUAUAAAGAGUGAAUUUGCCAAAAGUUUACAUUUUGCUGCAAAGAGCACUUUAGUAAGUGCAACCAAAAUAGCCUUUUUAUCAAUAUGCAACCAAAUACUUGACCACCUCAUGUUUUACAAAAAAAAAGAAAAAAAGAUCUAUUUCAGGGACAUUUUUUUUCUGUCAUUUUACCUUACAAGUGAAUAGUUGACUUAUAAUCAAUUUGAAAUGUAAAAUUAAGUUUAUGAUUCAGUUAUUUUUUGGUAUUUUUAUCUUACUUUUGGAUAGAGUGUAGAAAUACUUGACAUUUGUUUUGUUACUUGGUUGAAAAAACACUUUGUCAACCAAAGUCUGGAAGUUUGUUUACAAUAACAUACCUUUUUUUGUUUUAUUUUUUGUCUUUUAUCUUAUGAAUGAAGAUUUUGCUUAGGAAAACUUUCAUAUUGGUCUUCUUCAGCUUUCUUUACACUGUAGCUGUGUACAUGUGUCUUUAUGUAAAUGACCAAAAAGAGCAUGUUGCAUCAUGUAUUCUCUUCGUUCUAAAAAAUGUCUUGAACACGCAAUUUUAACCUGUGCACUUGUUCCCCACCUUAAACCAAAUGUCUGACAAAUCCCCGUUCAAAUAUUUGAAUUGAAGAAAUGCAGGGCUGCACACCCACUGAUAUAAACCAUCAUUGUAACUCUCAGCUUUCAUACACUAACCUCUUGGUGACUACAUCAAAUCUCAUCUUAAGAUAGUAUGUAUUUGACAAAUUAGGGCUGCUGUAAUUCUUAAUAUAUUUGGAAUAAACAAAUCUUUUUUUUUAA